GCCUCCUCAGGGCCGGAGCGGGCGGGGCCCGGCCCGCGCGUCACUUCCCGCGGCCGGAAGGUUCCAGAGGUUCCACGGGGAGCCGCCAUGGCCGUGGCGCGGGAGGAGUUGCAGAAAGAUUUGGAAGAGGUUAAAGAGCUGCUCACGAAAGCCACUAGGAAGCGGGUGCGUGAUGUCCUUGCGGCAGAGAAACAAAAGCUGGAGCUGGAAAUCAAGAAUCAGCCUCCACCGAAGCCAAAAGAUGUGACAGAGGAAGAAAAGUCAUCACUGGGAGGGUACACAGUGAAAAUAAACAAUUAUGGUUGGGAUCAGUCAGAUAAGUUUGUUAAGAUUUACAUCUCUCUCAAUGGUGUCCAGAAGCUUCCAGCUGAGAAUGUGCAGGUGAAUUUCACAGAGAGGUCAUUUGAUCUGCUAGUGAAGAAUCUGAAUGGGAAGAACUACACCAUGACCUUCAACAACCUCCUGAAGCCCAUCUCAGUGGAAGGCAGCUCUAGAAAGAUAAAGACAGACAUGAUCCUUGUCAUGUGUAAGAAGAAGCGGGAGGAAAAAUGGGAUUGUCUCACUCAAGUGGAAAAAGAAAGCAAAGAGAAAGAGAAGGCUGCCUAUGACACCGCAGAUCCUAGUGAAGGGCUUAUGAACAUUUUAAAGAAGAUGUAUGCGGAAGGGGACGAUGAGAUGAAGCGCACCAUCAAUAAGGCCUGGGUUGAAAGCAGAGAAAAGCAGUACAAAGGGGACAUACCAAUGGAUAUCUGAAAGCACUCUAAGGGCCGCCUUAAAAUUGAUCUUCCAUGUGAGACACGCUGUGCUGCAAAGAUCAUCGUUUACAUAACCUUCUUCCAAGCAAAGACAGUCAUUUUUCAUUUCAGGUUGGAGAAAAUAUUUAAAUAAAAUAGCUUAUAAAGCAUUUCCGUCAGUCAAGUGGUUCAGCAUUUCCUGAGGAGUGAAGCAUAGGGAUAUAUCCAAAGCCUCUCAGAGGAGUGGGGAGUGCUGUGAGACUGAGAACAGAAUGUAAAAGUAAAGGAA